AUGGAGGAGAUCAACAGCAUUGUUUCAGCCAAGAAGGGAAAGAUCGACGUUACACCAAUCGCUACAUUGUUCAGAAAUGAGGUCAAGGAGUCCGUGCCGGCCAAUAUGCCAAAGCCAAGAAUCGUUGCCUACUUGACCACUGACGACCAGGGCGCCAUCGACUAUGCCAAGUGGACAAAGAUCGCCUGUAACAAGGACGGUAUCGAGUUCAUCCUGAAGAAGAUCGAGAGAGUUGACCUCGAGGACGCCAUCAUCGACGCCAACAACGACGACUCUGUGCACGGUAUCAUGGUCUACUAUCCAGUGUUUGGAGGCAUGCUCGAUGCCUACCUGCAGGAUGUCGUCCGUCCCGACAAGGACGUCGAGGGCAUGUCCACCACCAACAGAUUCAACCUCUAUCACAACAUCCGUUUCCUGGACGAGAAGAAGACCAAGAAGUGUGUCCUGCCUUGCACUCCUCUGGCCAUGGUCAAGAUCAUCGAUCAUCUUGGCAUCUACGACAAGUCGUUGCCCUUUGGCGAGCAUCUCAAGGGAAAGGUUGUUACCGUUGUAAACCGUAGUGAGAUUGUAGGCAGACCAUUGGCUGCUAUGCUUGCCAACGACGGUGCUUUUGUAUAUUCUAUCGAUCUUAAUGGUGUUAUUUGUUUCCAGGCUGGCAAGCGACAGGGAACAAUCAAGAUGUCAGAGACAACCGUGUCCAAGGAGGAGGCCAUCCAGAAGAGCGAUAUAUUGAUUCUUGGUGUGCCAUCACCCAAGUACAAGGUGGAUAGCGCUCUGAUCCGUGACGGUACCGUCGUCAUCAACUUUGCCGGAUGUCUCAACGUCGACGAGUCGGUCGACAGCAAGUGCAUCAUGGUGCCAGCCAUCGGAAAGGUUACCAUUGCCAUGCUCGAGAGAAAUCUGAUGCGUCUCUACAACAACCAAAUGCAAUCUUACACUGGUGGUGCCGUCGCCAGCACCUCCACUGCCACCACUGAGGCCCAGCAGUAG